AUGAAAUAAAGAGCUCCCCUCGUAACAAACACUCAAGUGUAAAAUAAAUAUAAUCAAAACCUAAAAAAGCCAGGGAAAUCUACUCAACCUAACACCUCUAGAAAAAACAUCAACUAGUUAACAACCAAGUCACAGACAACUAAUGCCACUAGCAAUGGUGUUUCUAGCUUUUUAUCAAAUAAAGAGAAUAGAUGCGAAGUAUAAGCAAAACCAUUAGAGCAAAUAUAAAAUCAACAACAGAAUUCUACAAGAAACGACCCUAAAGAAAAUCCAAUGCCUACGAAUUUUAGCAAUAUGAGAACUAACAAUUACAUGUCAAGUCCCAGUGUGUGCCCGAGCAGCCUGAGCACUCACGAAAAGAAUUUUUUCUCAGGUCAUAAAUCUUCGAUGCUGAUCAACCCAGUUACUGUUAAUUCGCAUGUAUCAGACUUUAAAUAGCAAUUCAUGAAUACAAUUGACGAUAAUAGAGGCACCUAUGUAAACCAAUUCCCUCAUCUAUCCGAAGAAGACUUCAAGAUUAAGAUACUAACUAUUGAAGAAGCUAACUCCAUUGAUGAGGACACAAGCAGUAUGAGAGGGCCUAUCUAGCUACCUUAGACCCAAUUUCAAAAUGUCUUUUAAAUUCGCAAAGAUUCUAGACUUGAGUCUAGCCAGAUGAUUACUGGGAUAACUGGUAGAGAUAGUGAGAAAGAAGACAAACUCAAGGGCUUAGAUACCCUAGAUAAGGCACUGACUCAGGGCUAGUGGAUAUCUAGCACUCAAGCUUGCACUCUUUAAAUGGGCUAAGAGACUUCAAGGAAUGUCUACACUCAUUAAAAUAAACAAAUUAUGACAACUAGAGCAGGUCCAUUUGAAAUGGUUUAGUGCCCCUCUCCACAGAGUAAAUCAGCACAAUUUCACAAAAUAGAGAAUAAGAUACUGAUCACUCAAAUUGAAGAAGGUGAUGAUUGUGAAGAUGAUUGCUCAAGAGUUAUCACACAGGGUAUUAGGUAAUCCUUGAACUCUACACUCCAAAUUAAUACAAGGUCAAGCAAUCAGCAAAGUAGAGGAACUCAUGGUCCUCACAUUAACGAGUAAAAUCCAUUCUAACCUCAUAAAACAACUUUUGAAAGUAACAUGACUUCAACUGAGAAUUAAUGCAGCUGUAUCACCUCUUUAGAAGGUCAAUCAAAUUAAACCUGUAGUUAAUGCAAUUGCCACACUGGAAACUCCCAUCCAAACAAAUCUAGAUUUGUUAUCAAUCUCGAAGCUGUUCUGCAUCAGGAAGUCAAACUGUGGUCUAUUAUCCUCUCAUUAGAAGACUUUGGUCCUCAUAAUAUGAAUACCAAAAACGAACUAAUGAUUCUCUGCGAAGAAUGGUGGGAGGUCACCAAAGACUCUUAAUGUCUCUUUGAUAUCUAUAAAAUAUACAAAGAUCCUAUAACUAGAAAAACCAUCAGAAAAGCUCUAGUAAUGGAAUGCAUAAUAGUAGUUCUUACUGCAUCUAUUGUUUAAAAUAGAAACAUUGAAUUAUCUAAGAGCAUCGUUAAAAUAUUGAUUAAGCUGUUCAGAUAUGCUCAUCAAAGCUUUGUACAUCUCAUCUGCUAUGUACUACACAGAAUGGGAUUGGAGACUAUAAAUUAAAAUGUAUGGUCUGAUGCACUUAAGGACAUUGUUUUCAGCAAGGCUAGAUCAAACGGGCAUAGAGUGCUAAUGAUGUCAGAUGAAAAUAGAAACAUAGAAAUAAACAAACUUAAUGAUAAGAUAUUCAAAGGCUUGAGAUCGGUAUCUCUUAGGCUGAAUGACUAACUUCAGGUACUAUUCAGCUAAGUUGGCACUAUCAUCCUUGACAUUGAAAAAAUACACAUUAAUCGUGUGAAAGACAUGCUAAUCAGAGCUCUGAACCAAGAAGCUAUGAUUACUUUGCAAUAAGAAUAAGAAUAGUAGCAAUUUCAAAAUCUAUCUGAUCCUAGAAUAAUAUCCCAUCCCUAAAAAAAUUAUCAGUAAAACAUGAUGAACAGCAAUAUACCAUAUCUUCAAGUAGCAAUUGAAAAUGGAGUAUAAAUCUAAUAUGAACAAUUGAAUGAGAACAGCGAUGAUUCACUACAGUUACCAUAAGUGAUUCCACCCUUCCUACCACCACUUACUCAUCGCAGAUAUACUUUAGUCCUAGAUUUGGAUGAAACUCUGAUACAUUACAUUGAGACUGCUAAUGAGCCUAAUACCAGAUACACUUAUAAUCAGUCAUAAAUAGGAAAUUAUUUGACCCGUCCUGGAGCCUAAGCCUUUAUCAAAGAGAUGUCUAAGUACUACGAAAUAGUGAUAUUCACUGCUGGUAUGCAAGAUUAUGCUGACUGGGUAUUGGAUAAUCUUGACUCUGAGGGCUAUAUUUCUCAUAGACUAUAUAGACAGCACACAUAGUAAAGAAGUCAUGUAUUCAUAAAGGAUCUAUCAAGGAUUGGUAGAGAUCUUUCGAAGACAUUAAUCGUAGAUAAUAUGAGUGAGAACUUCCAACUCUAGGCUGACAACGGUAUUUUCAUAAAAUCUUGGUAUGACGACCCAGAAGAUGAUGCCCUCUUUGACUUGGGGCAGCUGCUAAGGCAAAUAGUGGUGAAAUAAGUAACUGAUGUGCGUGUGGCACUUAGAAUAUUCAGAAUGCAAAUGAAUCAGCAAUUGUAAAUGGGGGUUGAGAAGCCUACUCUCGACCUAGAUGCUGCAGAUCAAAUUUUUUGA